AUGCAGACCCAUCUCGCGCAGUUGGACGCCGCGGAUGCCAGCGCCACCUUCAUGCGCAUCACUAUCCGCGAGGCUGACGCCUUUCUCGUCAACCCUACUAUGAAAUCUGUCUUCAGUUCCCAGUUCAGCGGUGUCGCGCCCAUCGUGAUUGGUGGCCAACGCAAAGACAAGCUCGGCAGUGCGGCCAGCGAGCGCUGGAAGCAGGCUGGCCGAUCUGAAGCCAACCCUUCUCUCGACGCUGGGCUUCGCGAGGUCAUCGAGUCCACCGCGAGCGCUAUCUGCCCUGAGAUCGAGCUCCACGACGAGCCCAGUCGCUUACUUCGCGCAGGCGGUCAAGCAGGUCAGCGGCCACUGGGCGCCAUCCUCGCCAUCGAGAAGGCCCGGGAUAUCCAGCCGCUGAAUUACUCGGGGAACCAGGACACCAC